UAAUAAUUGAUGAUUUUUACUUAUUUAAUAAAACAAAGUAAUAAAAUGACUUUGGUAUUUAUUACUUGCCGGAGUAAAUAAACAGGCUUGGCAACAGCGCGUUUGAUUAUACCCACUAUACAGGGACGUGCAUGAGUGUGUGAGUUAACCAAAAUGCGUUGUCGUUACAAAGGAAAAUUAACUAAAAAAAAUAUAGCUCAGUGGAAAAAAAAUGUGAUUGCGAGCAAUAAAGCUCGAAAAAAAAAUAAGGAAAAUGCCGAAAAUACAAACUUUAUUGAACUAAGUGGACGACGAUUAGUAGACUUAAAAUUAUUAGAUAAUGAGUUGUGGUGUAAACCUUGCAAGCAGGCUUUGCGUCUCCGUAAUUCAGUGAAUGAAUUAAAAAAUGGAUUAGCAAGUACUUUUCAAGUACUUUUCAAAACUCUUCAGUGUUUACUAGUCGACAAAAACAAAAAAGAAAACGGUGGCUUAUCUGUGCAUAUGAUUAAAAAAAUGGCAAUGACUGGAAUAACUUUCGAUACUGUAAGUAAGUGCUUCAAAUCGAGUGGUCCUAAAGGUAUAAGAAUACUUUUGGCACAAGAUGUAGGUGGAAAACCUCGUAUUACGAAAAGCCAAAAAAUUAUUGAUAGCUUAUGUACAAAAUUAGGGCUUAUUCUGUCUGACAGCUGUCUAACAGCUAGCUAACUUUUCAUUUAAUUUUUCAGAUUUUUAUUUAUUUUUAAUUUUCAGAUUAAUAGAAUGACUAUUCAUGUUAUUUUGUGUUAAUUAUUUAUUAAUUUUAA